AUGUAAGCUUAUGAAAUAUCUCAAACACAUUUUUGCACAAAAUCUUUCCAGAAGAUUCACAAGUCUGGUUAGUGUCACUCAGAACGACGGCCCGUAAGCCUGUUUAUGUUACACAUUCCAUUCCUUCUCUGGGUACUUAUUCCCAGGGUAAACGUUCUUAAAAACGCAGGCGUGGCUCGCUUCUCAGUUCAAAUAAUGCGUGGAAGACAUCGCUUCUCAGACCAAGUAGUGCGCAUUGUGGACCUAAUUACAGUGUUGAUGUGCUAUUGGGUGUAGUCUUUUUACUU